AAGUCUCCUUAAUAUAGUUUCUCUCAAAAUCAAAAACUGGAAAAAAAUUUAAAUAAAAAAUGAGUAUUAAAUUUCUUCUUUUUCAGCAGAAUCAUCAAGGCUUCAAGAUUCUUGAUUCUCCUUCACUUCACAAAUCUCUACCUUGUUUUCAUCAACACCCAAUUGUUUCUUUUCCCAAGAAAUGCUUCCACUCCUCAGGGGUACGAUUGGUGGGGUUUCCAUCAGCUAUACAAUCCACAUUGCCAAAUGGUAAUUCAGGACUGUUGGUUACUAGAUGUAUCUCAGAAAGUUUCUCAGAUCCGCUUGGGCCUAAUGACUUUGAAUCACUUGAGAAUUUGAAACAAAAAGAGAACGCCUUUUUGACAAUUUUGAAGGGAGCAAACUCUUUCCUACCCCAUGUGGUUCUUGCUAGCACAAUUUUGGCUCUUAUCUAUCCACCUUCUUUUACUUGGUUUACCAACAGGUACUAUGCCCCUGCAUUAGGAUUUUUAAUGUUUGCUGUUGGAGUCAAUUCGAGUGAAAAGGACUUUCUUGAAGCUUUUAAGAAACCCGCUGCCAUUUUUGCUGGUUAUAUCGGUCAAUUUGCUCUGAAGCCACUACUCGGGUAUCUUUUUGGCACAAUUGCAAUGGCCGUAUUUGGUCUUCCAACUUCCUUAGCUGCUGGGAUUAUGUUGACCUCUUGUGUUAGCGGAGCACAGCUGUCAAAUUAUGCUACUUUUCUAACCGAUCCACAAAUGGCCCCUCUUAGUAUAGUGAUGACAGCGUUAUCUACAGCUACUGCUGUUUUUAUCACCCCGACGUUAACUUUAUUGCUUAUUGGGAAAAAGUUGCCUGUGGAUGUUAAGGGAAUGAUUUCCAACAUUCUCCAGAUUGUUGUUGCACCUGUUGCUGGUGGACUCUUUCUGAAUAGAUUCUUCCCGCAGAUUUGCAAUGCUAUUCGGCCGCUGUUGCCUCCCCUAUCAGUUUUUGUGACUGCUCUCUGUGUAGGAGCUCCACUCGCUAUUAACAUAGAUUCCCUCGUAUCCCCUUCUGGAAUGUCUGUUUUGUUCCUUGUGAUUGCAUUUCAUUUGUCAGCGUUCAUCUUGGGCUAUUUUCUUUCCGGCUUAGCCUUCCACAAAGCACCAGACGUCAAAGCUCUACAAAGAACACUGUCAUAUGAAACAGGCAUGCAGAGCAGUCUUUUGGCCCUUGCUCUUGCCAAUAAGUUUUUCCAAGAUCCCCUUGUUAGUGUCCCUCCAGCUAUAUCAGUUGUGAUCAUGUCAUUAAUGGGCUUCACACUAGUGAUGCUGUGGACUAAGAAAAAAGAAACUGUUAUGGAGUGAUAUAACUAUUAAAAUUA